AUGUCUCAUCCAAUCCCAUCAGAAUUCGAUAUCGUUUUUGCUGGAGGUCGCUUAGCUGCAUAUGAUCCCUCGUUGAGGAUCUUGAUUCUGGAAGCUGUACCGACGAGCACCACGGUCACAUUCAACAUUGGAAAUCCAUCUCCUCGUCUCAACGGCCGUGCACCAAUUGUUCCUUGCGGUCGCUGCGUUGGCUGGAGGCUCAUGUUUAUGGUAUACACUCGUCCACCUGCUUCGGACUAUGAUGAUUGGGAAACCAAUGGUUGGGAAUCUGAGAGUUUGAUUCCCCUCAUGAAGAAGCUGGAGACAUAUGAGGUCCAGCCCGAUCUUCCAACUCACGGCUAUGAUGGACCUAUUAAGGUGUCCUCUGGUGGGUGUAAAGUAGGUAUCUGCGACGAGUUCAUCCAGGCUGUUGCGAAUUUUUGGCUCAUGUAUAAAAGGUACAUUGACGGGACAACCGGAAGGCGUUCGGACGCAGCUCACCACUACGUCUACAACCAAGCUCACAACUCAAAUUUACAAGUCUGGGAUGGAAAGCUCGUAAAGCGUAUCAUUUUCAAGGACAAGCGUGCUGUAGGUGUCGAGUUCACCAGCGACCCAGUGUCUUGCCCAGACGCGGAUCGGUCGUCGAGUAUUGUGAGAGCAUCAAAACUCGUUGUUGUCUCUGCUGGGGCGUUCGGUUCCCCGACCAUUCUGGAGAGGUCUGGGAUUGGUGCCGAGGCGAUCCUCAAGCGGUGCGGUAUCGAGCAACUAGUGAAUUUACCUGGCGUCGGAGAAAAUUAUCAAGAUCACAAUCUCGCCAUUGUUCCAUACUUGGCUGCCGACAAUGUUGUUACCAUGGACGCCCUCUGGCGUGGGGAGAGUAUCCUACAGGAAAGCCUUGCACAAUGGAACAGUAGCGGCAAGUCAUUGAUUGCACAAAAGUUGGUGCAAGUUAUCACUGCUGUGGCAUCGAUUCAAAAAAUCAAGUGGCGUCCUGAUGACGAGGAAUUAAAGGCAAUGGAUCCAGCUUUUCAACCACGCUGGAAGGAGUUCUUCCAGGACCGUCCAGACAAGCCUGUUGCAAUAUUCACUUCUUUUGCAGGUCCAUCCGAUAUUGUUCCUCUUGACUUCGGGUACAAAAAGACGCGCGAAGUUUUUCGACGCAUGGCUUCCUAUCGAGGUGAAGUUGCUGCUGGCCAUCCUGAUUUCCCAGAGGGAAGCGCUGCAGCUUGCAGAGAAGCUUCCGGGCCAGUGGACUUGAACGCACCUGACAUCGUCUACACUGCCGAAGAUGACGAAGCGAUCAAUCAAUUCCACCGUGAUAUCGUACAAACGGCAUGGCACUCGCUUGGGACUUGUGCCAUGAAACCGGAGGCAGAUCAAGGAGUCGUUGAUGCUCGGCUAGAUGUGUACGAUAUGUCCAUUGUGCCGUUGAACGUUGGCGCGAACACGUAUUCGACGGCACUUCUCAUCGGAGAGCGGGCUGCGAUGAUCAUUGCUGAGGAGUUGGGUAUCAAUUGUAUUUGA